AUGUCUGCUAACGAUUUCUACUCUUCGGGCCAACAGGGCACCUACCAACAACCACAACAGCAACAGGGCCAGCAACAGCAGGUUGGCGCUGACGGCGAGAGAGGCCUGCUCUCCACCGUCGUUGGUGGCGCUGCUGGUGCGUACGGAGGGUCCAAGAUUUCUGGCCAGCACUCCACGCUCGGAGGCAUUGCCGGUGGUCUGAUGGGCGCCUUCACUGCCAACAAGAUUGAGGACAAGUUUGAGAACUACGAGGAGGGUCGUCACCACGGCCAGCAGGGCGGAUUUGGCGGCGAGGGAAGACACGGCGGCCGCCACGAGGGUGGAUUUGGCCAGCAGGGCGGCUUCGGCGGCCAACAGGGCGGAUUCGGUGGUCCACAGGGCGGACCAGGAGGCUACGGUGAGCAAAGAGGCGGAUAUGGCCAACAGGGUGGCUUUGGUGGCCCUGGUGGACCAGGAGGAUUUGGAGGCCAGGGAGGACCUGGUGGGUUUGGUGGACCAGGCGGCCAAGGAGGACCAGGCGGGUUCGGCGGCCCUGGCGGGCAAGGAGGUCCCGGUGGCCGCGGAGGAUGGUAA